AUGCUCGACAGUCACGCGCAACGGCCAUCAAUCAGUACCACGGAAGCAGCCAUGAAAACUACUUCAAACCUACUGAUUAGCGGUGUCCUAAUUGCUUUCGUACAGUCGCUUAUCAAGGCGAAUGCACCCGGACAGGCGAACGCUGCUCCCCAAUUUUUCGAGUCCUGCAAUUAUGCCCCCAACCGCUCGGGCAUUUACACUAUCGCGCCAAGUUCUGGUAUCGCUCCGUUUCAGGUUUAUUGCGAGCAGGAACGCUACGAUGGCCACUGGCUGUUGUUCCAAAACCGACAGGACGGAUCGACCAGUUUCAACCGAAGUUGGAAUGAUUACAAACUAGGGUUUGGAAGCUUACAGCGUGAGUUUUGGCUUGGGUUGGAGAAACUUCAUCACAUCACCAAUGAUAGACGUUGCGGGCUCCUGGUUGUGAUGGCGAACUUCACCGAAUAUCCAGUUUACCGUCACUACACCACUUUUGGAGUUGCAAACGAGGCAAACAAUUACAAACUCAAGCUGCUGGGUUUCAUGGAAGGAACAGCCGGUGAAUCGUUCUACGUACAUCGCAGUGAAAACUUCAGCACCUACGAUAGGGACAAUGAUCGAUCGGAACAGAAUUGCGCCACGCUCAUGGGAAGCGGCCAUUGGCACUAUAAGUGUGGAACCGGAAGUUCGAAUAAUAAUUUGAACGGAAUCUACAGCGAUCAGAUCCUGGACGACGGCCGUGGGGUAUGGUGGGGCGCUUUCGGUGGAACGAAAAAUCCACUGAAAUGGACGAAGAUGUACGUCAAAAUCAGACCCGGCAAAUAG